UGGGUUUGCAGAGAAAGUGUGACAGUGUGACAGAUGUGCAUCAUGUGGGUCACAAACUCAUUUCACAGUCACACACCAGAUAAGCUUCCUCCCCUCCCCUGCAUCCACUCCACAGUCCACCACACCACAAACGUAUCUGCGGACUGCGGCGAUCGAUUUGGGAGGAGAGGAUUCAGACGACGAUCGAUCGCUCAGAAUUCAGAUGACCAGCGUGAGGCGAGCAGACAAACGCAGCUGAUUCGACGGAUUCAGAAUGGCAUCAUCAGUUGCAGGCUCAGUGACUCGUCGUCCUCCUCCCGUGCUGCUGGCUUGCCGAUCGCGACCAAAUAAUCGUCGCCUCAUCAGAUUGUUACCGCUCCUCUUCGCCGUCGUCGUCUUGCUUGCUCUUCUUCCACCAUGCGUUCAUGGAGCUCGUGCUCUGAAUGAUGCCAAAGAAGCCAAAGAGGCCAGCGACCAGACGACGACGACGACGCACGCCGCGGCGGCGGCGGUGGCUCGGUGGUCUGUCACCGUGAGGGAAGGAGGAGGUGGUGGUGGUCACGGCAGCGGCCAUGCCGGCGCCGGCCACGGCCACGGCAGCGGCCACGGCAGGCCGGAGCCAGCCGAGCACCACACGGGCAGGCGCAGCGCGGCGGCCGGAUCCGUGCGCCCUCCCAUGGCGGCCUCCUGCGCCGCCCUCCUUGUCGCCGCCGUCGUCGCUCUGCUUCGCUUCUGAAUGAAUGAAUUCUGGACCCGAAUCGCUCCCGAUUUCGCAUUUGAAUUUAAAUCGAUUCAUCUUGCUGUGUGUACAUAGAAUGAAAUGAAAUGAAUCCAAAUGAAUCGCCAAGAAUCCGCCCGAUUCGGGGAUUCCCGGCGAGAUUUUUCCGCA